CUUCAUAAGUGAAAUACUCUUACAGUGAUUUUCUCUUGCAGCUCUGUUUAGACCUGGCGUGAGAUACAACUUUUCACUAUAUGGCUGCAAAUCCAGUGGAUAUCAGUUAUUGAAAAACAUAACUGGGUAUAUGAAAGAGCUGCCUCCAAAACGUGCACCAAAUUUUACUGUAGAGGAAACUUCUUCAGAUUCUAUAUUGGUAAAAUGGGAAGAUAUUCCUAUUGAAGAUUGUCAGGGGUUUUUAGAGGGUUAUCGUCUUUCCUUUGCAAAAGGUGAAAAAGAUGCUUUAAAGCCUAGGCUUUCGGAAUCAGGGAAUCCAGAACUUAAAGUUAAGAAUAUCACUGACUUAACAAAGAAGUCUUUGAAAAUACUUGAUCUUCAAGGCAAAACAAGUUACCAGCUGGACCUACAAGCCUAUACUGCUGGUGGGUUGAGCCCACCAAACAGCCUCUAUGUGGUGACAAAGGAGGACUCUGUAGGAUUAAUCAUUGCAAUCCUUAUCCCUGUGGCAGUGGUUGUACUGCUUGGAGUGGUGGCCAGCAUCUUCUGCUACAGAAAGAGGGAAUGGAUUAAAGAAACAUUUUAUCCAGAGAUACCGAAUCCUGAGAACAGUAAGGCGUUGCAGUUUCAGAAGAACAUCUGUGAGGGGAAUAAGACACUUAAAACACUGGAAAUGAACCCCUGCACUCCCAAUAGUGUUGAAGUGGUGGAAACACAGUCUGCAGCUCCAAAGAUUGAAGACACAGAGAUGAUGUCCCCGGCAGCAGACACCACUGUGCCUGAAGACGGCUCUGACUCAGAAACAGAGAACCAUGUGGUUGUGUCCUACUGCCCUCCUAUCAUUGAAGAAGAGAUCUCAAAUGCCCCUAUGGAUGAACCUGUGGGGUCAUCUCAGGUGGUUUACAUUGACAUCCAGUCAAUGUAUCAGCCUCAAAUUAAGUCAGAGGAGGAGCCAGAAAUAGACUUAGUGACUACAGCAGGCUAUAAGCCCCAAAUGCAGCUGCCUAUCAGUGCUCUGAAAAUAGAGAGUCACACACCUGCAGAGGAAGAAUUGGAUAAAAGUGAAGGUUACAGACCUCAAGCAAACACAAAUGCCUGGAACAUAGACACUCCAGACUCUCCUGGGUCAGUUGAAAGCAACAAUGAAAAUGCAUCUUUUGGGAGCCCGUGCUCCAUUAAUUCCCGACAGUUUCUGCUUCCCCCAAAAGAUGAUGAAGACUCUCCCAAACCUAGUAACAUAGGGUGGUCCUUCACACACUUUUUUCAGAACAAACCAAAUGAUUAACAGUGAGUCCUCGUUGUACCUGAACCUGCCUUCUGAAUAAGCUCUUAUUCCUGAUGUUGUAAAGAAAGGAGGAAGAAAAGUGCAAAAGGCAUGAAUUAUUCUUGGAGACAGUCAGCAGAGGUUCUAGUGAGCUGAAUGUUAUGUUUAAGUUAGCAAAAGUGUUAAUGUUCCAUUUUAAUAGAGGCCAAGAGGUCGAAGUUAUAGCAAUUUAGUUAUUACUCUAGUAAAAUAUAUUGGAUAUAAAGAGUAUUGAGUUUAGAGCUUCUGAUAGUCAAAGUCAAAGAACUCUGCCUACUUUCACAUAGUGGUCCAGGAUUAAUAUGGUCUCAUGCAACUUAUAACUUGGAAAGAUUGCUUUGCUUUGUUGUAGUUGUUCUCAACCAUGUGCACUCAAAUGAUGCAGCCCCAACAGGUUUCCUUCCUGAAGGUUUCAUUUAUCACAAACCUUAACCUAACAGUGGAAACAAUGUGGUUGGAAAGUGUUGAGAUCUUUUACCUAGUUGUAAACGAAGAACAAAUAGGACUGCUUUUUUUUUUUUUUCUUCUCCCAUACAGAAGGGUGUUGUCACUGUUUUAACACUUCUGAAGCAAUGGCCAUUCAAAUCUGUUGCUUUUUAACUAGACACUAAUAUCUGUACCUACUGUACAAUGUUUAUUCAAUGUUUGACUCAGGGGUACAAACUUGGGGAAAAAAAAGUUUAACACUGAUUUAAACCUCAACGAGAACUGCAUAAAGUU